UUCGGUAAUGUUUCGGGUUUCCGAAGCAAAUUUUCAAGAUGGCGGACGAGGUUGCAAAAUCUACGGAGCCCGUGAAAGAUGAUGAUCUGGACGAUCUUCUAGAAAGUGCACUUGAGGAUUUUGAUAAAGCAGCCAAGCCUACUCCAAAGUCAGCAAACCAAUCACAAAGCAGCAUUGCACCAGAUCCCAGGCUACUUCCUCCUCCUGUGAAAACCUCAGGGGAGCCAACACCCUUAUCCAGCACAAAUGAUGACCAGGAAGAGAUGGGUAAACUUUUUGCUCAGAGCUUUGCGGAGGCUGCAGCAGACCUGGAGAAGGCAAUGAAGACAAUGGGAGGAAAAGGGGAUGAGGAUUUCCUUGCGCACCUGAACAACUUGGCACAGUCUGCGGCUAGUGCUGCAAGUACUGAAAACCCAGACUCAAUGAAGUCAUUUGAAAGCAAUCUCUCUCAAACUCUAAGUGACCUGGCACAGAACACUAAGGACAUGGAGAACAUGGAUCCGAUGGGUGAGGAUUUUCUCAAAGCGUUGACAGGGAUGAGUCUAGAUGAUGAGGAUGGGGACUUGGAUAUGAUGCCCCUGAUGCAGGGAAUGAUGAAGAACCUCUUGUCCAAGGAGAUUCUGUACCCCUCACUCAAAGAGCUGAACGAAAAGUAUCCCCCUUGGCUUGAGAAUAAGAAGUCUUCACACUCAGAUGAAGUACAUGUGCGAUUCACCAAGCAACAUGAAUAUGUGAAUAUGAUCUGCCAAGAAUUUGAGGCAGAGAAACCAGAUGACUCGGAGGACAUUAAGAAGAAAAGAUUCCAAAAGAUAAUGAGUUUAAUGCAACAGAUGCAAGAAUGUGGACAGCCCCCAGAGGAGCUAGUAGGGCAGAUGGCCCCAGGAAUGCCAUUUGGAACAGAGCCAUCAAUAGGUGACAUGCCUGAGCUUCCAAAAGACCUACAGGAGUGCAAAGUCUCAUAGUUGCAAGUUUAAUUACUCUAAGUUAUUGACCAAGAAUAACAUCCAACACUAUAAAAUAUAGAAGAUUCUAAGAAAAAUGCUAAGAUAAAUCAUUUAGAAUCCAGGGAGAUUGAAGCAAGUUUACAAAUUGUAAUAACAAUAAACCAAAACAAAGUAA